UAUUUGGUCCAAGGAUUUUGAUACAUCGAAGCAUGGUCAUAGUUUCUUGUCAUAUAUUAUACUAUACAACUAUACAAGAUGACGUUUUAAUAAGAUUUUAUAAUGGGAAUAAACUUCUUUUUAUUUUAAAAGAAGAGAAUAUUAAUUUAUGUUAUUAUAAGCUUUUAUUCUUAUAAUGCGGUGUGACUGGAAUUUUAGAAGGGAAAAAAGGCAUCUUACGUGAAUAAUAAGACAUGAAAUUUCACGUAGUGACCAAUAAAAAGAUUUUCGCCAACAGAAAGGCAAACAAACCUUUUCCAAAAGCAUAAUUACGGGGAGAUAAAACUCAAAAUUAAAAUAAUCGAAAAGCAAAUUACCUGAUUUGAUUGCAGACAAGACCCAAUAGUUAAACCAACUAACCCAAGAGGCCAAGAGUGGGCCAUGAGAUGAGCCUUUCUAUUUGCAUAAUGCUUUUCUUUUUACCAUAGAGUCCGCUACUCUUUUAUGAGACAUGCUCAUACGAAAAUACGCGCGUAACGUAAAAAGUAUCACACGUGUAACUUAACCAUUGGUUAAUUAUAAACCCACUUUCUCAGAUUCUCGAAGGUUUUAACCGUUUUUGCCGCCUUCGAUCACAGAGAAAGCGAGAGAGAGAAAGAGAGAGAGAUCACUCAUGGCCGUAGAAGACGAUCCGGAAGAGAUCGGAAGCGAAGAAGGUAACCGGAGUGGAACAAAACCGCCGUCUAGUCCGGCACCGUUGUCGUCGCAGAGGACGUCGUGGCUGGUUCCAUUAUUCGCUGUAACUAACGUGAUACUCUUCUCCGUCGCGAUGUUCGUCAACAACUGCCCUAAGCAUUCAGCUCCCAACCACCACUGCGUCGCCAUUCCUCGGGAGGCUCUCCUUCGAGCCUCUCCGGAACAAUCCUCUCUUCGGUCCGUCCUCUCGCACGUACGUACGUUGGCUAUAGAUCAGAUUUCGAAGUUCAUCCAUAGGGAUUUGAGAUUUUAAUAUGAUUGAGCUUUGUCUUCCAGAUUGAUGAAGUUAGGAUCACUUGAGCGGUGCAGAGUCGUGGAGAGGCACGAAGCUUGGCGUCUCUUUACAUGUAUAUGGUUACACGCCGGUCUUAUCCAUCUUGUGACUAAUAUGAUCAGUCUCAUUUUCAUCGGUAUUCGCCAGCAGCAAUUUGGAUUCGUUAGGAUUGGAGUUAUAUACGUUAUAUCAGGAGUAGGAGGAAGCGUAGUGUCUUCCCUCUUUAUCAGAAACGGUGUCGUCUCUGUUGGAGCUUCUGGUUCCCUCUUUGGGCUUCUUGGCUCUAUGGUUUCCGAGAUUCUCACCAACUGGACUAUCUACUCUAACAAGGUUGCAGCACUCUUGACGCUUUUGUUUGUCAUUGUGGUAAACCUGGCCUUUGGGAUACUACCUCACGUUGAUAAUGUCGCUCACCUCGGUGGAUUUUUAGUUGGUUUUCUCCUCGGUUUUGUUCUGCUUGCUCGUCCUCAGUUCAAGUGGUUAGCAACAGAGCAUAUGCCACAUGGAAGAAGUCUCACCUCCAAGUACAAGCCUUACCAGUACAUACUAUGGCUCAUUUCUCUGGCUCUGUUGAUCGCCGGGUUUGUGGUGACGCUGGUGAUGCUAUUCCGAGGAGAAGAGGGGAAUGAUCACUGCCGCUGGUGUCACUACCUACGCUGUAUUCCCACCUCAAGAUGGAGUUGUGAAGAGUAA